UGCAGUCUGCAGGGCGGUGAGGAGGUGUCGUACGACGGUGUGUUUCCGGACGAAGUGGAGGUGUUCAAGUGCGGCACAUGCAGCGAUGAUGCGGCGUGCUACAUGCCCGGGACGGAGUCGGUGGACCGCAGCUCGUGCUCGUGCAGCUGCAAGGACGGAUGGCAUGGCGCGUCGUGUCUUCCCUUCGAGGUGCCCGACACGGUUGUGCCGCCCGUGGCGGAGAGAGCCGUCGACGGCGACACGAGCUGCGUGGUGAACCAGACGCUGCCGAAAAUUACGCUGAACAUGUGGAAGACGCACCACUGCUACGCGGGUGUGACAUUCAGCGGCGUGGGUGCUGUGUUGACUUUCUUUCUCAAUCGUAUGCCGCUGCAUCUCCCCAUCAACAUCACGCUCACUGGAUGCACAUUCCGUGAGGGUGCCGCGCUGCAGUUUGUUGGUGGUGCUGCGGCGGCCGAGUCAGCCGGUGUCCUGAUCCGCGUGAGCCAGGCGGUGAUGCGUUCCUCCGUUGUCAUGUUUGCGCUUGCCCUGCCGCUGCACUGCGAAAUCGCCGUCACGGAGGUUGACGCGGUGCAGGCCUUUGAGGUUCAGCUGCUUGAAACUAGGACCAACAUGCUGAGCGUCGUGUUACUGAGGAACGUUGUGCUGACUACAUCCUCGCUGCUGGUCAGCAACGUCAAGGCUCAUUCCUUGAGGUACGGUGCGCUUGGGUUGUACUCGAUUGGGACGCUGACGCUGUUGCAUGGCAGCUCGCUGUAUGUGCAGUACUGCAGCUUUGAUGGGUACGAACACCUGUUGUACAUGAAUAUUCUCAGUGUGAGUGACCACUCCGUUUUAGCGCUGCUCAACAAUACAAUUUCCUUCGGGACAAGCCUGCUGUGUCAGCAACAAGAAUUGAGCGUGUCGGAUCACAGCGUGUUGCGCGUGGUGGGGAACAGCGGCUCCGUGUCCUAUGCCAUCUACUCACUAAACUCGUGGACCGUUGAGCGGUCAAGCUGGCUGGACUGGCGUGACAACGACGUGGGAGUGGGUGCGAUUUUUUACGCAACUGAAUCCAUCUUUUUGAUCAUUGACGGCAGCAGUGUGGUGACGCUGACGGGCUGCACGAUGGGCUCGACGGGGUGGUCGGUCUCCUUGCUAUCGCGGGUUGACGCCGGCUACCGGUUCGUUGCUGGGUGCCUGACGGUCGCGGGACGGGAGGUGACGACGGCGGCUGAACUGGAGCUCCACGGCAUCACCGACGUGACGACGGUUGCCGCAUGCGGUGAGUGGACGAAGGACGGUGACUGCUUUGCUCCGCUGACGACGGCUGUCAGCGACUGCAAGUGCCAGUGCGCUGCUGGAGGGCACGGCGAUGUGUGCGUCCCGGCGCCUGUGCCUGCUGGCCCACCGCCACCGCUCACGCCGCCACCACCGCCACCACCGCCACCACCGCCGAUUGGUGGGUGCAUCAGCGACAUGGUGUACCCCGAGGUGGCGCAGGCUGUGGGUGGCGGGCUGUCGUGGCUGUGCUACCGCAACGUGACGUUCAGCGGGGGCGGCAUGAGCCUGACGGUGCUGAUUGGGGCGAUGGCGGGCGACGUGGCGAAUGUCACGUUUGAUGGAUGCACGUGGAGGGACGGCGCCGUGCUGUUGCUGUUGGGCAACGCGUACGCUGCUGUGGGGUCGCUGAACAUCUUCGUCACCGGCAACACGUUCCAUGACGCGCUGCUCAGUCCGGAGGGUGGGUUUCCACCGCACACGAACAUCACGAUCAGCGGGAACCGCUUCACUGUCACGAGGCUGAUCCCUCGGCCGGGUUUGGACAUUACAAGGCCGUCGUGUGUUGUGAUGAAUGGACUGGCGAUCAGCAACGACUCCGCAGUGGUUUUUACUGGCAAUGUGUUUCAGAGCGUGACGGCAUCUUCAAACGCCAUUUACGUCGUUGGAUCUGCGCUGAGGGUGUUGUGGCACUCCGUGUUUGCGGUGAUGGGCAACGCGUUUCAUAUGGCUGGCGUUAACGGCACGCUUAUAUAUCUUGAGGGGACUAGACACUCCUCAUCGCUGAGUGUACUGAACAACUCUGCCGUGGUGAUCCGAGGCAACGUUGUGACGAGGCCGGUGCAGUGCUUCAUGUUAUUUUUGUGGACCUUAGGUGUGGAGUGUUUUUCGGCGGUUGUGUUUCAGGGCAACGACAUGCAGGGAAGCCUGGCUGUGUUUUAUUCAAGCUACUCCUCGAACAUCUACUACAACUCCUGGCUGCAGUUGAGCGGCAACCUCUGCCGCGUAUCACCAUUGGAUGCGUUUGCUUUUCUCCUUCCCAAACUGAAUCUCCGCGACUCCACGGUGUCUGUUUCCGGCAACCGAUUCAUGUCCAGCACGGGCACGUUGACAGUUCUGCGGAUAUUCACCGGGCCCCGCGAUCUCACAAACGGAGCGAUUGUGGCUACUUGCAACACUGUGAACGACGGGGAGGGGGCUAGUUACGACAUCCCGUCCGCGUACAAUGCCACCAUUCUGAGCUGCAGCGACCCAUGCGCUCUCGCGGCUUCGUGCUUCCCCGCUUACACGACGACGGCGUCGAGUGAUGGCUGCGACUGCACGUGCGCGGAGGGCGGCCACGGCGAUGCGUGCCUGCCCGUUGCUGUCCCCGAGCCACCGAGCACGGACGGCGCCGACUUGUGCGUGCGGGACGUGCGUGUGGAUGUGGAGGUGAACGCCGGUUUCGGGACGUCGGUGGCGUGCUACGUUGGUGUGACCUUUGCGGCAGACGUUGUGGUGGACGUGUCGUCGAUGUCAGGGAGCGUGCGCAAUGUGACGCUGUCGAACUGCACUUUUGUGAGCAGAGCGAGCCUGUACGUUGUUGGGUGGCUGUCCGACCCGCCUGCUGGCGAGCGCGCCGAUGUGUUGGUCAGCGGGCUUGAGUCACGCUCCGGCGGCGGCGUGGUGGUGGCGAACCGAUUUCCGCCUGGCUCGCGCGUCACUGUGUUGGACUCGGUGCUGAUCGCAGAGAAUCGUGUUGCGUACCGCGGCGCCUACGGCCUUGGCGACGCCUCCGCGUACCUCGUGCUGCACAGCGUGAAUCUGACGGGUAGCGUGCUGACCAUUGCGCGCACGCAGGUGGUGGCUGUGUUCCGUGACGCUGUUGGCGUGUUGUUUGUUGGCGGCGUGGCGCUGUCGUCGCGCGGUGCGCUGUACGUGGACGGGCUGUCGGUGCAGACGGCGCUGGGGCUGUGCGUGUCGGUGGAGGGCGGUGUUGCGGCCAGCGGUGGCUCCGUGGUGGCGUUUGUUGACAGCGACUUCCUGCUGUGCAAGCACGCGGUGUCUGUGCGUGGGGCUGUGAGCGUGUCGGGCUCCGCUGUGGCGCUUGUGCGAAGCGAAUUCUCGUCGACGGAGGACUACGCGGUGGCGUUUUAUUCGACGGUGAGCCUGGCUGGCGGGUCGAUGCUGCUGGCGAAGGGCAACGUGCACGACGGCGUCUCGAGGGAGAUGCUCCACGCCGCUGGCGCCGUGACCGCUGUUGGGAGCACGCUGAGCUUUGUGCGCAACCGAGCGCUGCUGCCGCGGAUGGUGUCGGUGAGCCUGUCGCUUGCGGCUGGGGCGCAUGUGAGGGUGGCGUGCAACGACGCUGGUGGACGUGCCCUGUCGACGGCGGAGGAGUACGCAGCGGCUGGUUUUGGCGACGCUGGGAGCAUCGACGUUGCUGGAUGCGACGCCUGCGACAGGGACACGCACUGCUACGCGCCCGGGACGGCGUCUGCGAGCAUGAGGAACGGUGUGUGCGUGUGCACGUGCGGCAGCGGCGGGUACGGCGAGGCGUGCUUGCCUGUGGGAGCUCCUGCGCUGCCGCCCGCUGUGGGCACCGCGUCGAGUGUGUUUUUCCGCGAGGGCGUGACGGUGCGGUCGGUGUUCGUUGUGCCUGCCGGCGCGAGCGAGGUGACGCUGCGCCAUGUUGUGCUGGACGGCGUGAGCCCUGUGCUCUACGUGCCGUGGAUGGCGCGAGACGGCGUGCGGAUCGUUGUGCAGAACGUGUCGCUGCGUAACGGUGCCGUGCUGUACGUGAUGGGCGGUGGAGCGUUGCGCGGUGCGGUGGCGGCGGGGAGCGACGAGAGCGGGCCGGUGGAGCUGUCGGUGUGCGAUGUGGAGGCGCUGAGCGGUGCGCUUGUGCUGACCGGCACGUUCCCUGCGGGGUCCGUGCUGACGGUGACGGACUCCCUGCUGGUUUCCGCGAGGUCGACGCCGCUUGUGUAUCUUCCCGGCUCGCAGUCCUCGCCGUACGCACCGGUGCUGGUGCUGUCGGGCCUGCGGCUUGUGCGGUCCGUGCUGGUUGUAUCCGGCGUUGCUCUCGUGACCGUGGUGACUGGUGGGCGGACGGUGGUGGUGGACGGCGCGGUGCUGGAGCUUGUCGGUAGCGGUGUUGCGCUGGACGCGGCUGUGCUCGGUGGUGAAUAUGCAUUGUACGCGAGUGCGCGCGUGGUUGCGUCUGGGGGCGCUGUGCUGCGCGUGUCGGGGAGCCAGGUGUACGCCGCGCAUGGAUUGGUGUUUGGCAGCGGGGUGGAGGCUAACGUGUCCGCCGUCGUGGUGAACGACAACGCCGGUGCGCUGACGGAUGGCGCGCUGCUGGAGCUGCGGGGGUCGGCGUCGUUUGCGUCCGGGUCGUGGCUGUCGGUGCGCGGCAACAGCAUCAGCGGCAUGCUUCUUUCGCUGCCGUCGUACCCGCGCCGUGCGGAGCUCGUGCAGAGCACGCUGACGCUCCACGGGAACGCCGGCAGCGGGUCUGUUCUGAUGGAUGGCACCGUUGCGCUCGGGGGCACCGGCCGACGGUUCGUCGUGGGGUGCCUGACGCUCAACGGGCAUGCGCUGCGGCCGAUGGACUACAGGUCCGCCGGCAUCAUCGGGGAAUUCCGCCCCGUGUCGUGUGGCGUGUGCGACGCCGACGUGCACUGCUUUGCAGCUGCGACGAGGGCGAUGUCGGGGUCGUGCGGCUGCCGCUGUGCUGAGGGCGGGUACGGGCGCGACUGCCUGCCGGUGUACCUGCCGCACGUGGACGGGUGCAACCGCACGCCUGGCAUGCCGCUGGUGAUCCACGCGGCGACGCUGACGGAGACGCGCAGCCCGACACCGAGUUCGACGCCGGGCAUGAGCACGGCGCGCUACAGUCCGACACACUACGGGGCGACGGUGACCCUGCAGGUGACGGAGACGGUGGCACUGCUGCCCACGCGGACCUCGACGGCGUCGGUGAGCGGCACGCUGUGGUGGAGCGACGUGGCGUGCCCGACGCUCGCCGUGACGACGACGGCGGCUGGUGGCAGCCUGACGCAGAACGACAUCCGUGGCGGUGGGAGCGCCGUCCCGACGCGGCUGAUGGUGGCGCUGCCGCCGCCGUUUUGGUGGGCACGCGACCCGCAGCUCGGCACGCACCUGAGCUUCGUGCCGGUGUCGACGGCGCAGCCGCGCGGGUUUGGUGGUCCGUGGGGAGCAAUGCUGCGCAACGCGACG